CGUACGGUGCCGUGGGCUUAGGAGCUUCGGCUGAUAUGUUUCUGUUAAAAACAAAACAGUGUGCGUUUAGUUUGGCGGUUGUUCUCCAACUUCCUCGUCUUCCUACAGAGUUUGCUUCCAUCGUCUUCCUUUGUCUUUCUCUGUCUCUGUCUCUUAUUAUUUUUUUUAUCUUUCUCCGAUUUAUUUUUUAAUAUAUAGUUUUCAUAAUUAGUUUUGCGAUAAAUCAGGAGAUUUAAUAAUUUGAAGACACUUUCCGCACAAGUUUCUUCCAUCUCUGAAUCUCGACCGAUCGUUUGAGGGGUAAGAAGAUUUUGAGCUGUCGUUGUGAUUGGUUUGAUAUCCUUAGUUUUCUUAUCUCUUUAUCUCUGAGGUGGAGUAUCUCUUAAGCCUAGAUAUUUUGUUGGAUUAGGGUUAGGGUUACUAACAUCUUUUGUCUUCUCAGUUCUUAUUACGGUCCCUUGGUUUUGUGGACUGGAGAGUGAUUGGUUCCAAUCCAAUGGAGCCUUUCAGUGCUGCUCAGAACAAAGAGGACAAGGACACUAAUGUAGAAUCUCCUAGUAGUCCGCGUCAUCGGGAGAUUCUUGCUAGAUGGGAUCCGGCUGAUGCAAAGAGGCCAGACAUUGGUGAAGCUCCAGUAUUCCACCCUACAUCAGAGGAGUUUGAAGAUACACUUGCUUACAUAGAAAAGAUACGUCCCUUAGCUGAAUCAUUUGGUAUUUGUCGAAUCGUGCCACCAUCGAAUUGGUCUCCUCCUUGUCGGCUUAAAGAGAAAAGUAUAUGGAAGGAUACAAAGUUCCCAACCCGUAUUCAGAUUGUUGACCUGCUACAGAACAGAGAGCCCAUGAAGAAGAAGAAGAAACCUAAGGGAAGGAAACGGAAACGUGGAAGAAACUCAAGAACCGUCGCCUCCAAGAAACGAUAUGGCUCUGUAUCUCGUUCUGUUUCCUCACCCAAGACGACCGAAGAAGAGACAUUUGGUUUCAACUCUGGUUCAGAUUUCACUCUUGAGGACUUUGAGAAAUACGCUCGAUACUUCAAAGACUAUUACUUUGGAAGAAAAGACAAUGCUGGAGAUACAGAAUGGACUCCAACUGUUGAGGAGAUCGAAGGAGAGUACUGGAGGAUCAUUGAGCAACCAACAGAUGAAGUCGAGGUAUCUUAUGGCGCUGAUUUGGAGAACAGAGUACUUGGAAGUGGAUUUUACAAGAGAGGGGACAUGAAAACCGGAAGAAGCGAUAUGGAUCCAUACAUAGCUUCAGGUUGGAACUUGAACAACCUACCGAGGCUCCCUGGCUCGUUACUGUCAUUCGAGGAUUCUCAUAUUUCUGGUGUUCUCGUGCCAUGGUUGUACAUUGGCAUGUGCUUUUCAACGUUUUGUUGGCAUGUCGAGGACAAUCAUCUAUACUCACUGAACUAUCAUCACUUUGGCGAGCCAAAAGUAUGGUACGGAGUUCCCGGAAGCCAUGCAACUGGGCUAGAGAAGGCGAUGAGAAAACAUCUACCAGAUUUGUUCGAUGAACAACCUGAUCUACUUCAUGGACUGGUUACUCAGUUUUCUCCAAGCAUUUUGAAAGAUGAGGGAGUCCCGGUUUAUCGUGCAGUUCAGAAUGCAGGGGAGUAUGUUCUAACAUUCCCUAGAGCAUAUCAUUCGGGAUUCAACAGCGGAUUCAACUGUGCAGAAGCGGUGAAUGUGGCUCCUGUUGAUUGGCUAGCUCAUGGUCAAAAUGCUGUGGAAAUAUAUAGCCAAGAGAACCGGAAAGCUUCUUUGUCUCAUGACAAAAUUCUCCUUGGAGCAGCGUAUGAAGCUGUUAAGUCCCUCUCAGCUUCUGGGGAAGAUAAUACAAAAAGGUUCAGCUGGAAGAGUUUCUGUGGGAAGGAUGGUAUUCUUACUAAGGCAAUCGAGGCGCGGUUACGGAUAGAAGAAAGAAGAAUUGAGGCCCUUGGAAAUGGUUUCAGCUUGAGAAAGAUGGAAAAGGACUUUGAUUCAAAAGGUGAAAUGGAAUGCAUCUCUUGCUUUAGUGACUUGCAUCUCUCUGCUACUGGCUGCAACAACUGCUCAUCUUUCGAAGAAUAUGGUUGCACGAAACACGAUAUAUGUUCAUGUGAAGGGAACGACCGGUUCAUCUAUCUUCGUUACACCAUAGAUGAGUUAAGCUCGUUGAUAAGAGCAUUGGAAGGUGAAUCAGAUGAUUUAAAAACUUGGGCUUCCAAAGUCGUUAAGGAAAAGCAGUUACAUAAACAAUCUUUUGAUCUGAAUCUUGACUUGGUAUCGGAUGGUGAGUGUAAUACUUCUUCUGAGAUAUGUGAUGAUGCAUCCAUUAUGGAAUUUGCUGCUUAUGUCGUCGAACCUAUAAAUCUUGGGUUCUUGGUCGUUGGAAAGCUUUGGUGUAACAAGGAUGCUAUAUUUCCAAAAGGGUUUAAGAGUCGGGUUAAAUUUUAUAACAUGCAAGAUCCAAUGAGAAUGAGCUAUUACGUCUCUGAGAUUUUAGAUGCCGGACUUAUGGGUCCACUCUUCAGGGUUACUUUGGAAGAAUCUCAAGACGAGAGCUUCUCUUAUGUGUCACCUCAGAAAUGCUGGGAAAUGGUGUUGCUUAGAGUUAAGGAAGAGAUGAUAAAACGCAGCAGCCAAGAACAAGAUGUCCAUAUGUUGGAAACCAUUGACGGGUUAAAAAUGUUCGGUUUUCGCUCUCCGUUUAUAGUUCAGGCCACUGAGGCUCUUGACCCGAACCAUCACCUAGUGCAGUAUUGGAACCAUAAGAAUGAGACGGCUUGCUCCAUGUCAAAUUCUUCCCUGAGCUUAACCAAAACAAAACUUUUUGGGGUUGAUUUGAAUUGAACUUGAAGAGGAACACUCGUCAAGAAGGCGAUGGAGAGACAAUGUUAGAUAGAACUCACCAAUUUUCCUUGCCUUGAUGAUUUUUCUUAGAAUUAAUUCUUUCAGUAUAUUGUUUCUCUCAUCAAGCCAAAUUGUAACUUUUGUUGUUCGUAGAUGAACUGCAGUAUCAUGACAGAUAUGUAUCCUAAUGUUGUUUGUUGAAAUAAAUGGUUUAAACAAAAA